GAGCUGAAUUCCUACAAAAAAUGUUGGUGGUGCAGAUCUGACCUAUGGUAAUACCUUGAAAGAGUAUGAAUAUUUCAGCAAACUGCCUCUUCAGUGGUUCCUCCUUAGCAUCUGAAGUGCAUGCUGCUGCUGUUAAUGGAGAUAAGAGUACCCUCCAAAAGCUAGUAGCAGGAAACUCUGAGCUGAAAGAUAAAGAGGACCAAUUUGGAAGAACUCCACUUAUGUACUGUGUCUUGGCUGACAGGCUGGACUGUGCAGAGGCAUUGCUGAAGGCUGGAGCCGAUGUUAAUAGAGCUGAUCGUAGCCGGAGAACUGCUCUCCAUCUUGCUGCACAAAAGGGAAAUUACCGCUUCAUGAAACUUUUACUGGCUCGUAGAGGGAACUGGAUGCAGAAGGACUUGGAGGAUAUGACACCAUUACAUUUAACUACACGUCACAAAAGCCCAAAAUGUUUAGCUUUGUUGUUAAAACAUAUGGCACCUGGAGAAGUGGAUACUCAGGAUAGAAAUAAGCAAACUGCAUUGCAUUGGAGUGCCUACUACAAUAACCCAGAGCAUGUGAAACUUCUCAUAAAACAUGAUUCAAAUAUUGGAAUCCCUGAUAUUGAAGGAAAAAUCCCACUUCACUGGGCAGCUAACAACAAGGACCCUAGUGCAAUUCACACAGUGAAAUGUAUUCUGGAAGCUGCACCUACAGAAUCUCUGCUUAACUGGCAAGACUAUGAAGGACGAACUCCCCUUCAUUUUGCUGUUGCAGAUGGGAAUGUAGCAGUUGUCGAUGUCCUGACCUCCUACGAAGGCUGCAAUGUAACAUCUUAUGACAACUUGUUUCGAACUCCCCUUCACUGGGCAGCCUUACUUGGUCAUGCACAGAUUGUCCAUCUCUUAUUAGAAAGAAAUAAGUUUGGAACCAUCCCAUCUGAUAGUCAAGGUGCAACACCCCUACAUUAUGCAGCGCAGAGCAACUUUGCUGAAACAGUUGAAGUAUUUUUGAAACAUCCUUCUGUAAAAGAUGACUCAGAUCUUGAGGGAAGAACAUCCUUCAUGUGGGCAGCUGGCAAAGGCAGUGAUGAUGUUAUUAGGACUAUGCUGACUUUAAAAUUGGAUAUUGAUAUCAAUAUGACAGACAAAUACGCUGGCACAGCAUUACACGCCGCUGCCCUUUCUGGCCAUGUCAGCACAGUGAAAUUGCUGUUGGAGCACAAGGCCCAGGUGGAUGCUCUGGAUGUCAUGAAGCAUACCCCGCUUUUCCGAGCCUGUGAGAUGGGACACAAAGAAGUGAUACAAACACUCAUUAAAGGAGGGGCAAGAGUAGAUUUGGUUGACCAAGAUGGCCAUUCACCUCUUCACUGGGCAGCCCUGGGAGGAAAUGCUGACGUGUGCCAAAUCUUGAUAGAAAAUAAAAUCAACCCUAAUGUGCAGGAUUAUGCAGGUAGAACACCUCUGCAGUGUGCUGCUUAUGGAGGUUACAUUAACUGCAUGGUAGUGUUACUGGAAAACAAUGCAGAUCCAAAUAUCCAGGAUAAAGAGGGAAGAACUGCCUUGCACUGGCUCUGUAACAAUGGCUACCUUGAUGCUAUAAAGUUGCUGCUAGGUUUUGAUGCCUUUCCUAACCAUAUGGAGAACAGCGAGGAGAGGUAUACUCCACUUGAUUAUGCCUUGCUUGGGGAACACCAUGAAGUGAUUCAGUUCAUGUUAGAGCAUGGGGCUCUGUCUAUAGCUGCCAUUCAGGAUAUUGCUGCUUUCAAAAUCCAGGCUGUCUACAAAGGAUACAAAGUUAGAAAGGCUUUUCAAGAGAGGAAGAAUCUCCUAAUGAAACAUGAACAGCUGAGAAAAGAUGCUGCUGCCAAGAAACGUGAAGAGGAAAGUAAGAGAAAAGAAGCCAAGCUACAGAAAGGGGUGCAGAACGUGGAACAAAGCAAGUUUCGAGUACAACAGAGUCCUGCAAAUCGAGAGAAGGCCACCAGUGUCCCCCAGUUACCCAAUAAACCAUCUGAUACACAGAGUAAGAGACUUCUGCCCCUCAACGCUUCACAAAUUCAACCAGGGAGAAAUAGCAGAGGUUCACCUAAAGCUUGUCACAACAAAGGGACCUCAAAGGAGAGUUGCUUACCAGCGGAGCCUCAGAGUGAAGGUCAUAAAAUCAGCCAAGAUUCAUCGAGGAAACAUAUCAAAAGCAAGUCAAGUUGUGUCCAUUUCCAUUGUGACAAAGCAAAAGAGGGAACAAAAGUUGAAGUGAAACAUCAGGUUGCAGCUGCUACAGAACUGAAUGGAGAAAAGCACAAGGAGCACACUGUUGAUGCCACAGUGCCCCGGAGGAGCAGAAGGCUUACUACUUCUACUUGUAGGACUGCUAGUGUUGGGGAAAAAUUAAGGGAUCCAAGUCAGCCUUCAUCUGGCAAGAGGGACCAUUGUGAGGGAACGACUGCAUUCUUCUGCGAUGUCAGUUGUGCUGGUGGGGCUGUGAGAAACUCAAAACAGUGUGAAGCUUCUUCCAAAGGCAAAAGACAUCGGGAGAAGUCCAGAAGUAAAGAAGUAAAUGAUAAGCGAUGUUCACCAGCUGGUUCUAGUAGACCAGGAAGUGCCAAAACAGUAUUUGUAAACAGCAGAAAUGACAGCACGCAUGCUGUGGAACGAACUGACAAAGUGGAAAAUAAUGAAUUAGCAAAAAAGGCUUCCCCAUUAUUGUGUGCUGGGGCAGAACCUACCGGAACUGUGCCAAGAAACCCAGUACCGUGUUCUGAUCCUGCUGACAGUUUAAACUUGGAAAAAACAGACGUAAUUGGAUCCAGGAACACAGAUGAUCAGUUAUGUUCUGUCGCAUGGCAAAGUACAAAUAUUGAACUAAUCCCUUUAGAGAUUCGAAUGCAGAUCAUAGAAAAAGAAAGAAAAAGAAAAGAGCUAUUUCGAAAGAAGAACUAUGCUGCUACAGUCAUACAGAGGUCAUGGAGAAGUUACCAACUAAGACAGGAGUUGUUUCAGCUUCUUAGUGCUAAGCGGCAGUGCAAGGAAGAUGAAGACAAAUGGAGACAAGAGACAGCUGCCUUCUUCAUUCAGGUUGCUUGGAAGAAACAGCUGAACCAUGGCCUUCUGAAAUCAGUUCCUUCAUGUAAAAAUCUGAAAUCUGUAAACAAAACCAGCUCAGCCAUAAAAACCAGCAAGCAGUCUAUCCUAAAGCAGAUAUAUGGGCGUUCUCAGGAAGGCAAAGUGUGUCAGUCAACAAGAUCUCCUUCUAAGCUGAAAUUUUCUGAUGUGCAGCUGGUCUCAGGACAACAGAUCUCCCUGUCUUCUGAAAUAAAAAGGCUUUCUUUUGAGGCUUGAGUGUCCUUUGCUUUGAUAACUUGGUGACGAAUAGGAUAGUGAUAGGAACUCUGCCCAGUUCCUUUAGAACACUACCUACUUUUAUUCACCUAAUAGGAGCUCAGGGAACUUUAGCCCUUACUUAAAAGACAAUAACAUGUUUUUCAUCUGACUGCCUUUGUGCAUGACAACAUUACGUUUGUUGGAAAAGUUCAGAGCUGUCAGUGGCUAAUGCCAGAUACUCCAUUUCUGACGUAGGUGCCUGGAGUAGGUCAGAAUGGACUGUUCAGUUUGAUUCUUCUCUUGCAGAAGGUACAUCUGGGAAGGUGAAGACUGACUGUCAGCUCUAGCUUUAAUGUUCAUAUAGGUAAUGGAAAAAGUGUGCGGUGACAAAUCUCUACCAAACUCAGUCAAACCCUUCGGAAAGGGGGAUAUGCAGAAGGUACUCAAAGGAAAUGUACAAAUAAGUAAGGCAGGCAGCAGGUGACAGGUGGAAAAGGAGCAUGCAAUGGGAUAUACAGAUACUGGAUAGGUGCUUCAGAAUAUUCCAGCAACUAGGGCCUUUUAGAUUGUUACCAUUAAAACAUUUCAGAACCUGGAAUUUGUUUCCUUUUGUUGUUUUUUUUUUUUUAAUUUAUUAAAUAGAUUGUCUUGUGUCAAUUUAGCAAAUGGUAAAGAGUCUGUCUUCAGCAGGCCAGACAGCCUGGUUUUCUGGUUUCACUGUGGACAUUAAAGCAUCUUCAGAGUUGUAAAGAAGGAUGUUUUGCAACUCUUGGCAUUAGAAAGAAGUCCUUAAAACGUGCUGGGUUCACACCCUCAAUGAAACAUUCAGAUUUAGAAGGACCGUGGCUAGAAGGGGAUAAAGCACUGAAAUUUAGCCUCAAAACAUUUACAAAACUGGGAAGGGAAAACAUGCAUAUUAUUUGAAGCAGAUUGCAGGAAAUAAAAACGUUGCAUGAGCCCAGACAUUCAGCCAGACUCAAACCUGAGGAAAAUGGUCAGAUGACAUUGACUCUUGCUUUCUAAUAAUUCGAAGAGCACUUGCUUUAACCCUGGUCUGGUUUCCCCUACUUUCUAGAAAUGGCCCACCUAAUGUUGCUAAAUAUUGCUCAACAAAAUUUCUUGCUGCUCUUCAGCAAACUCAGCCAAGAGCAGUGUGUUAGUCUGGAAGCCUUCAUUCAUUUAUGAGGGUAAAUGUGGAGUUAAGCUCCACCACUACAGGUUGCUGAAGUCCAACACACGCAGCAGCAGUGUUCUGUGCAAGCUGUACUGUGCCACAGAAACCAAACUAUUUACAGGCAAUCGACAGUGAGAUGCCAGGAAAAAAGGGCAUGUUCAGUAGAUUCCCUGUUUAUGAAAUCUAGAAUGCAGUGCAGAUGAAACUUUUCAUCCUCUGGAGUCACUCAUCAAAACCAUUUUGUUCUUUUACAGUAAACAACCUACAGUGUGUUAAUUUGCUGGAGAACAUGGGAAAAUCAAAACAAUUUUCAUACAACAUGAGACCAACCACUGCAGCAAAAUCA